AUGUGGACCCUCUACUUCCGGGCUGGUCCAGACUCAAAGCCACCAUGGAACACCUUGGGGCAAGCCCGCAGCUUUUCGAACCACUUCAACUCAGAGACUUGCUUCCAGAAGAUUCAAGAAUGGGCGAAGCUGUGCGAAGAGAGCCACGCCCACCCUGAUUGCAAGAGAGAUGCAAGCGCAGGCUUACCACAACGAGUCAUCGAGAUCAGUGUUGAUAGUGAAGGCUUGGGCUCGGUCACCUUGGCCCUGCGCGAGACUAAUGGAGAAGUAGGUCGAUACAUUGCUUUGAGCCACUGUUGGGGCACUAUACCAAUCGUGACUACGGAUCUGGCCAACAUCGAGCAUAUGAAGCAAGAGAUCGACCUUGAAAGCCUACCACAAACCUUCAAGGAUGCCAUUCACUGUGCUCACAAGCUCGGCAUCAAUUAUAUCUGGAUUGACAGUCUGUGCAUCAUCCAAGAUAGCACUAGUGAUUGGGAAAUUCAGUCCUCCAAGAUGGCUUCCAUCUACGCUAAUGCAUAUUUUGUGCUUGUGGCCGCCUCAGCGGACAGUGAUGCGAAGGGCUUCCUUCAUGAACGUCCAAAGAGGUACCAGGGUAUCCCGUUGGAGGCUCUUGAAGGCAGUGGUGUCCAUGAAGUCAUGGUGAACCAUACGAUGCCCCAUCCUUCGGGCCUUUGGAAAGUGAGAGCCAAGUCUGUCAUGCUCGACAGCCAAGUAGACCGUCGAGCUUGGGUUAUGCAAGAAACUGUACUUGCACGUAGAGUUGUCUACAUCCAUACAAGACGCGCCCGUGUUCGCCACUUUGACCAAUCUGAUCAUCAAAGCCGACAAUUUACAUCUUAUCGCGGCAUCAAGCAGUCAGAUUUAGCCGGUGACUAUCCAACGUUCCAGGCCAUGACCAUUGGUUUCAGCUUCUUCAGACAGUCCUAUGAAAUCGACGUACAUACUCGGCCGUUUGCACAACUGCAUUCAGCUGAAUGUACCUACGCCGAAUGGAGAUUGGUCAUUGUUCCUCUCUAUACAGCAAAGCGUAUUACCUAUGUUAAGGACAGGCUGCCAGCGCUAUCUGGACUCGCCAGUCGUGUCAAAGAUUACCUCCAGGACGAGUAUAUCGCCGGUUUGUGGAGCGGCGAUAUGCCAAUGAGUCUAAUUUGGUAUGUGCGCUCAAAUUCGAAACGGCCAGCUCCAUCGAAUUAUAUGUCUCCGUCCUUUUCCUGGGUGUCACUCAACAAGCCGGUCGUGUAUCCAGCUCUUCACAGACAAAACGAAUUUGGUGGACCGAUGUACAGCAGCCCUACUGUGAAAGUCCUGGAGGCGAACACCUCGGUCAAGGGCUCGAAUCCUUUUGGAGUCGUCAACGAUGGAUAUUUGCGCUUGGAAGGCUUAACACGUCCACUGAGUCUGAUUCUGGACGGAGUCGAAUCAAAGAUAGAAGUCGGAAGCUGCCAUCAUGAUCUGGCUUGGUACCCUGACACUCCACUGGUCGCCGUUAAUUUAGCACCUACGAAUGGUGACGAGGAAUCAGUGAUUUCGGUCAAUCGUUCAUCAAAACCAGCAGAUCCCAGUCAGCAGCGCUCUCAAGUGACGGUCACCUGUGUACUUGUCAUCGAGAGACCUCACGUGGAGGAAACAGAGCUCUGCCAAUCCUAUGAUGAAUAUGCGCUCCUGGUCCUUGGUCGUUUGAAGUCUCGACCAGAGGUAUACCAAAGACUUGGAUUGGUGUUCAUCAGUCUUGAACCUGCAGUGGCUGAGAAGUGGGUUGCUGGCGCAGAAAUGCGCGACUUGCUUAUUGUCUAG